AGGACGCUUUGCUUCCUGAAGUCCCCAACAGCUGGUAGCAAAGACACUACCGGGCCAAUGCCGCGACCUUGUGGACUCCGAGAGCCUGUCAGGAACAAUCUGAUAGAUGAUGCCAAGGCCCGCUUGAGAAGGUUUGAUGUGGGGACCAGAUAUUCCCAUUUGUCUCCUAAUAAAUACUCUGUCCUUCUGCCAUUGUUGGUCAAAGGAGGAAAGCUGUACUUGCUGUUCACUGUCCGCUCAGACAAGCUGCGAAGGGCACCCGGAGAAGUCUGCUUCCCUGGAGGAAAGAGGGACCCGGUGGACAUGGACGACACAGCCACUGCUCUCCGUGAAGCCCAGGAGGAGGUGGGGCUGCAUCCCCACCAAGUGGAGGUGGUCUCUCACCUGGUGCCAUAUCUGCUUAAUAAUGAUGCACUGGUAACCCCAGUAGUGGGUUUUCUAGACCACAACUUCCAGGCCCAGCCUAACGCAGAUGAAGUUAAGGAUGUGUUCCUUGUGCCUUUGGACUAUUUCCUGCAUCCCCAAGUCUACUACCAGAACCACUUCACACACUCUGACUACCAUCUUGUUAUACACUGCUUUGAGUAUACAGACCCCGAAACUGGUCUGAAGUACCUAAUCAAGGGAAUGACUUCAAAACUGGCUGUGCUGGCUGCCUUAAUUAUUUUGGAAGAAAGUCCCUCCUUUGAAAUUGAGUUUGAUCUCAAUGACCUGAUACCGUCUUGUGAAAAGACCUUUCUUCGUAAAUAUCCUUCAAGCAAGUUGUGAAGCCAUCAAAACCCAAAAGAACAUCCACGAGGUCCUUGUGUGAGCUUCUGCACGAGCUUCUGCACAGAAUGACAGUGUCAGCAAGUGGAAUCUGACAGGUGCAAAUAUUCUCCUGCAACGCAGAGGUAAAAGCCUUGCCUGGUUUCCAGUUGCC